AUGUGGAGAGACAACCCUUCAAUCCAAGCAUCACCAAGCGCUAGUGCACGUUACGCAUCAGUUACAGUGGAACUAGCAGUUCAUCCAGUCGUGGUAGUAUCGUCAUCUGCUUGUGAGUCCAGCUCAGUCUCUCCUUCAUCAAGCAUUGAAGCAACAGUUUCAUCCUCGUCCAGUCAGGUUGCUACUUCAACUGCAGCAGAGUCCUCCUCAUUGAUUGCAGAGAGCACCUCAAUCCAGGCAUCGUCAGUUGUCAGUAGCAGUACACCGGUUGCUCAAGUAUCUUCAUCUACUGUUGCAACCAGUUCUGUAUCUCCAUCAUCAAGCAUUGAAGCAACAGUUUCAUCCUCGUCUAGCCAGGUUGCUACUUCAACUGCAGCAGAGUCCUCCUCAUUGAUUGCAGAGAGCACCUCAAUCCAGGCAUCGUCAGUUGUCAGUAGCAGUACACCGGUUGCUCAAGUAUCUUCAUCUACUGUUGCAACCAGUUCUGUAUCUCCAUCAUCAAGCAUUGAAGCAACAGUUUCAUCCUCGUCUAGCCAGGUUGCUACUUCAACUGCAGCAGAGUCCUCCUCAUUGAUUGCAGAGAGCACCUCAAUCCAGGCAUCGUCAGUUGUCAGUAGCAGUACACCGGUUGCUCAAGUAUCUUCAUCUACUGUUGCAACCAGUUCUGUAUCUCCAUCAUCAAGCAUUGAAGCAACAGUUUCAUCCUCGUCUAGCCAGGCUGCCACUUCAACUGCAGCAGAGUCCUCCUCAUUGAUUGCAGAGAGCACCUCAAUCCAGGCAUCGUCAGUUGUCAGUAGCAGUACACCGGUUGCUGAAGUAUCUUCAUCUACUGUUGCAUCCAGUUCUGUAUCUCCAUCAUCAAGCAUUGAAGCAACAGUUUCGUCCUCGUCUAGCCAGGUUGCUACUUCAACUGCAGCAGAGUCCUCCUCAUUGAUUGCAGAGAGCACCUCAAUCCAGGCAUCGUCCGUUGUCAGUAGCAGUACACCGGUUGCUCAAGUAUCUUCAUCUACUGUUGCAACCAGUUCUGUAUCUCCAUCAUCAAGCAUUCAUGCAACAGUUUUAUCCUCGUCCAGUCAGGUUGCUACUUCAACUGCAGCAGAGUCCUCCUCAUUGAUUGCAGAGAGCACCUCAAUCCAGGCAUCGUCAGUUGUCAGUAGCAGUACACCGGUUGCUGAAGUAUCUUCAUCUACUGUUGCAUCCAGUUCUGUAUCUCCAUCAUCAAGCAUUCAUGCAACAGUUUCAUCCUCGUCCAGUCAGGUUGCUACUUCAACUGCAGCAGAGUCCUCCUCGUUGAUUGCAGAGAGCACCUCAAUCCAGGCAUCGUCCGUUGUCAGUAGCAGUACACCGGUUGCUGAAGUAUCUUCAUCUACUGUUGCAUCCAGUUCUGUAUCUCCAUCAUCAAGCAUUCAUGCAACAGUUUCAUCCUCGUCUAGCCAGGCUGCCACUUCAACUGCAGCAGAGUCCUCCUCAUUGAUUGCAGAGAGCACCUCAAUCCAGGCAUCGUCCGUUGUCAGUAGCAGUACACCGGUUGCUGAAGUAUCUUCAUCUACUGUUGCAUCCAGUUCUGUAUCUCCAUCAUCAAGCAUUCAUGCAACAGUUUCAUCCUCGUCUAGCCAGGCUGCCUCUUCAACUGCAGCAGAGUCCUCCUCAUUGAUUGCAGAGAGCACCUCAAUCCAAGCAUCUCCCGUUUUCAGUAGCAGUUCGCUAGUCGCUGUAGUAUCAUUAUCUACAAGCACAUUGUCGACAUAUCAACCGUUAUCUACUUCCGUAUCACAAUCCUCCUCAUCUCAGGCUAAAUUGUCAAGUUCAUCGGUUGUUCCGUCUCUCUCCCAGUCCGUUUCAGUUCACAUCAGCUCUGUUGUUGCUCCUGUAACGACUCCACCUGGUGAAGUUGUUUGCAAGAAGGAUCCUUGCAAAAAUGGUGGAACCUGUCGACUUUGGAAAGGCAAACCUAAGUGCACCUGCCCAAAUGGCUUGACCGGAGCCACAUGCGAGACAAAGAUUGUAUCGCUGUUUGGCAACGUUACUUUAAAGACAGUCUUUGUUUCUGGAGGUGAACUAAACACAAGCGACCCUUCUGUUCACAAAGAUCUAAAAAAUUUAAAUUCGAGUCUUGCUCGUGAGCUGAUAGAUCGAAUUGAGCCAGAGUUGGAUAACAAGUUUAAAACAACGAAGAGAUAUGUUUCAAAUGUCAAAGUUACUGGAUUAAGGCCUGGCAGUUUGAUUGUAGAUUUCAUAGUUAGCUUUGCUGCUCCAGUUAAUGAAUCUCUGAAGAUUGUUGAGCAAGAGUUCUUAGCUUCCCUCAACGGCUCUUUGAUUGGAUCAGCCGCAGUUGUUCGCCUGACAGACUACGAUGAAUGUUCUUCUUCUCAACAAUACUGCUCCGGCAAUGCCUUUUGCGCCAAUACCUUCCAGUCUUUCACGUGUUCUUGCAAAUCUGGAUAUUCAGGCAAUGGAUUUGUCUGUACAGAAGUUGAUAAAGAAUACAGAAUACUGGCAAUAGCUCUCUCGAUUACUGUAUUCAUUCUCCUCUGCUUGCUGUUUUUGCUGCUGGUAUUCUUAAGGAGAAGGCGAAGAUCAAAAAGUGAAAAUUUAUUUUCGGAACAAGCUGGGUAUUUCUCGUGGAGACUCAAUUCAGAGAUGAGAGCCAAAAAAGUUUACGACCUCUCUGAAGAAGUAGCUCUUGGGUACAAAAUAGUAUAUUAAUAUUGUAGGUAAUAACAUGAAAAUUGUAAAUAAUUAAUGACAACAGUAAAUGGUACUGAAAAAGCUUCAAUACACUAUUGAAAGAAAACUCCGUGUUAAAAUGUUAAAAAUCUGCUGUAUAGAAAGUUUGAUGUGUAUUUACAGAUUACACUGAAGGUACUUUUCUCAUGGACAGGACACUCGCUCAACUAUUAUACCUCCUCUCUUCCUAAUUGUCCUGAUUCCGAUCUUUAUGUGUGUUACAACUGUACUACAUACCACAUCAAAAACAUACUUUGAAGAACCCUUUCACACUAUGGUAUUGACAGCAAUUCGAGUAGAAAGAUGUUUAAGUAAAGAGCAAAUGCAACCUCUCAAAAGUGCUACAAUUUUGAGGUUCCUGGAGACUGGCUAUGCAAGUAGUGAAGCUUUUGCAGUCAUUGGACUGGCUUUUAAUUUGUAUUAAAUACUUUGCCAUUUAUUUAAUUUUCUGCAAACGCAGAAAGUAGUUGUAUUGGAUUCAAGAAGACUAGAGUCAAAGUGCAUGUCUAAUUAUGUCGCAUAGAUACAUUUGACAGAGGCAUCUCUUGCACAUGUUGGACCUCUAGUCUACAAAUAUUCCUUAAAAGCAGGCUAAGCCAUUUUUUACAUUCAUUUUGUGUCCUCCGUUUCAAUGAAGUUGAACAUUUGUGCUUGAGAUUUUGAAAUCCGUAGAGGUGUCUUUACAAGAAAAGGCCAGAUUAAAAGCAACCUUGUGAAAAGGUUACCAUAAGUUGCAAAAAGUGCCUGAAGUUACCCAUUAUAUUGAAUAAAGUAAACAUAUUGUUACAGAACAGCUUUAGAUUACACACAGUUCUAACCUACAUUUAUGCAUAAAAUCAUGCAUGCACUAGUCAGAUCUCUUUCCCUAUUUCACAACUCAGCCUUCAACUCAAAGCAAACACAGCUUUUUCCUUCAAUGUUGAGUUUUGCUCAACACAUUCAUACUUAGUUUUAGUUGAUUUGGCUUUUUUUACUGAAUACAAACAAGAAAAUCGUGUACAUAAUAUAUUAGUGCCAGGUCAAUGUUUUUUGUACAUCCAAAGAUAAAAUGAAAGAAAGAAUACAACUGGACUAUUUUGUACAUUACUUGUAACCCAAAGUCUUUUUAGCUUUCAAUUUUCAUCCACUUUGUUAAUUAAUUAGAUAUUGAAGCAGGCUUGGUACUUACUCCUUAUCAUUGUGACUAAUAGCAAGUUCCCUCCUUAUCCGUAGUCCCCUCCACUUUUGUGACGGUAUUUAUUAUUCUCUCUCAGUUUCAAUUAGGUGUUAUUGGGAGGUUUGUAGUUAGUCAUAUGUCAGCUAUUAGAGCUCAUAAGAAUUAAAAAACGUCACUUCGUUACUUUUUCAAGUAUAAAAUCGUAACUUAACGGAAUUUUUUACAUUUUGCUUAACGUAUAAUUGGAGAAUAUUUUGCGUCCUUUUGCAUUUGAAAUUAAGAUGAGAUUUUCAUAGUAAAUGACUUUAACAGUGGCUAUCAUUCCAUAUUUUCUAUAUGCUGCUGUGCAGCUUCAUUCCAUUGCUGCCACCGGUUGGCAAGUAGAGCCUGUGUUCCUGACUUCUAACUUGAAGUAGACGUCUUGAACUACGCUUUCAAGUUAGGGGUUUGGAGUUUAGGCUAGGCGUACAGUUGCAUAUAUCUAAUCGACGUUUUCGUUCAUUAUACAGUUUAUUUUUGGACCUAAACUUAUGUUUUAAUAUAAUAUAUCAUAUGGCGAGAGAUAAUUUAUUAUUGGAAAUGACGUCUUGCUAUUUUA